AUGGAGCAGCGAGCCAGUAUCCCUGUCUUACCACCAAUCCCAAACCCUCUACCUUCAUACUGGCAAACUCCACGAUCGCCUCUUGCAAAUGUCAUCGAAUCUGAGACCGAUAAGCCCACCACACCUUACGAUUAUGCCAUCAUUGGUUCUGGUAUCUCGGGUGCCAUGAUCGCUCACAACCUUCUCGAAAAGAGACCAGGUGCACGUAUAGUGAUGUUGGAAGCACGUGAAGUCUGUUCUGGUGCGACAGGUCGUAAUGGCGGACAUACGAAAGCAGCAAGUUAUCGGACCUAUACGCAACACGUUAAGACCCUCGGCAAACAAGAGGCGCUCAAGAUUGCAAGACUAGAGUACACAAACAUUGUCGAAACGCAUCAACUAGCCGAGAAGUUGGGCAUCGACUGCGAAAACAAGCUUUGCAACACUGUCGACCUUAUCUACGAUAAACUUGCUUUUGAGACAGGAAAAACAGCUAUCCAGGCAUUGCGUAACGACACCGAGGAUCAUGAGAAAGAAGUCGGUAAAGCUGCGUGGUACCAAAUCCAUGAAGAUACAGCACAAGUCGAGAAACAAUUCUUUGUUGCUUCGGAGUUCCAUAAUGCCACACUUAAAGAGCCAGAGAAGCUAGAGGGAGCUUUUGAAUACGUCGCAGGUCGUGUGCACGCAUACCGCUUCACUACAGGCAUACUAUCAAGAUGCGUCAAGAAAGGCCUACAGCUACGUACAAACACCACAGUCGAUAGCAUCCAGCCCUCCAAAAAAACCUGCAACGACAGCAUCGCCCUCUGGGACAUCGUAACCAAGUACACCACCAUCUCAGCAGCCCACGUCAUCGUCGCCUCAAACGGCUACACCCCUUACAUCCUCCCAGAACUCCAAGGCGCUAUAGUCCCCAUGCGCGGCCAAAUCACCGUCCAACGCCCCGGAACCGCCACCAAACUCCCCUCCCCACUCCCAACAACCUACUCCUUCAUCGGCCGCGACGGCUACGAAUACAUGAUCCCGCGCCCCCUCCCCUCCGGCGGCGGCCAGCACAUCGUCAUCGGCGGCGGUCUCGCACGUCUUUCCGAUGGCGGUGCAUCCGAAUUCGGGAUCGUAGACGACGCCUCGUUGAAUCCGGCUAUUUCUGCGUACCUCCGCGAAACACUGACAGGAUAUCAUGGCAAGGAGAAUUGGGGGGAGGCGUCGGAGGCGGAGGCAGAGAAAAGGGUGGAGAGCGAGUGGACGGGGAUUAUGGGGGCGACGGCGGAUGGACAGCCGUUUGUGGGGGAGGUUCCUGGGAAGGUGGGGGAGGUUCCUGGGAAGAAGGGGGUGUGGGUUUCGGCGGGGUUUAAUGGGCAUGGGAUGGUACUUUGUUUAAAGUCGGCGGAGGCGCUGGUGAGUAUGAUUGAGGGGGGCGGGGUGCCAGCGUGGUUUCCGGGGAGCUUUUUGAUAUCGAAGGAGAGGAUGGAGAAAUGUAGGUUUAGGGGGAGGACGGAUUUGAUUGGUGAGGAGUGA